AUGUAUAAUUUCUUCAAAGCUAUUGAUUAAUUUGGAAUUGAACAAAAGCUCUCUAUUCCAGCUAUAAAUCCUACUUAAAGAAGUGCCAUAGGAGGAGUAGCUACUUUGACACUAUAUGGAAUAAGUUUUGCUUACUUUUUAUAUGAGUUUAUUGAUUGGUAGUAAAACAAUAAACUUCCAAAAAUCACAUCUUUACAAAAAUAAAUUUCUUAAGCUGAAAAUGUAUAAAUAGAAGGUAUAUUUGCUCAUAUAUCACACAUUGCUUCAAAUGAAAACAAAAUUGAUCCAUUUGAUCCCAAUAAUUUGAUUUUCUAUCCAAUCUUAACAACUUAACCUAAUAAUAAAAAUGAGGUACUAUUAUAUAUAAAUCUAGAGUUAAAUACUCAAAAGUAGAUUAGAUCAUUAAACCUUAGAAACUGGAUAGAUUACUAAUAAAUUUAUUAUUGAAAACCCUAACUUUAUUGGUUCACCUCCAACGGCUUUAGAAAUGAUUUAUUAAGAUUAUUAGAUCCUUUUUGGAUAUUGUAACCCUAAUACCUUAGAAGAAGGGUAUUAAUGUGCCAAUUAAGAUACUAUUUAAAAAUUUUAAGAAUAAUAGAACUUUUUCGAAAUUUAAAUCUAUAUUCAACAAUACGACACAAAAUAAAAAUCACUUAUUAAAAUACCAAAAUUUUACUCUUUAGAUAUUUCUUCAGAUAAAAUGCUAUAUUGUUCAUUUAAUCUACAGGCAAAUUAAAUAGAUGUUGAUGAUGGAUUUCUAUUUUCUAAUUCUAAUGAAUAAAUUUUUUUUUCUGAUUUUAAUAUGUUUACUAAUACAUAUGAUAUCUUACAAAGUGAAAAAGUUUAUGGAUAAAAACCAGUUUUUGUUGCCUAUUUCACAAUAGAUUAAAUUAAAUCAGUUAUUUAUAUAGAAUAUCCUAAAAUAUCAGAAAUUCUUGCUAAUGCAGGAUCAAUUGUUACAUGGAUUUUAUAAAUAUCCUUUAUUUUUAUUAAAUAUAAUGAAAUGAUUUGCACUCAAAAUGCUAGAAAAGAUGUUAUUUCAAUGUUUUAUACUGAUUAUUCUGAUAUUAGAAUAAAAACAAAUUACUUAGGAAAAAUCAGUUAAUUAAAGCUUAAAGAAAAAAUUUAUGAUAUAAAUAAGAUUCAUUCAUUUAUUGAAAGUUUACAUUAAAUAGCAGAUUAGAAAAUGAGCUAUAUUAAUUUAUAAUUUGAAGUCUCAAGGUAUUUUUUAUUGAUAUUCUAAGAAUUUAACUAAUCUUAUAAGAAUGUUUAGGUAUUGAUUAAAUGAAAAAAUGUUUGCAAUAAAAUCAUAAAUUAGAAUCUAUUUUAGAUAAACUUGGAUUAAAUGAGAUACCAUAAACAAAAAAAUGUAAAAUAUAAAUUGUAAUUUUUUACAAUAAUUAUUAAGUAACCUGAAGAAUAAUAGAAUGAUAACUUAAGAUAAUAAGAAUAAUCAGAAGGAGAAUUAAUAAUUUAGAAUGAUCUUUUACCUGAAGAAGAUUUAGAAUCACAUAUUGGAUUAUUAUUGAUGAAGGAGAAUACACAAUAUACCUAAGUUGAAUUUAAUUAAAGUCUUCUACCUCAAGCUGGAUCUCAAAUUGAUUUGAAACUUAAUCAUUAAGAAAAAUAGCCAUCCUCAAUUUCUUGA